AUGUUAGCCACUUCUGGAUUGCGGUUUCCUGAAGGUUAUAAGCAUAUCUAUCUAUCUAUCUAUCUAUCUAUCUAUCUAUCUAUCUAUCUAUCUAUCUAUAUAUAUAUAUUCAGUGCCUGCUGCCUAUCUAUCUAUCUAUCUAUCUUGAAUUGCCUUGAGAUGGAGCGUUAUUUGAAGAACGAACCACAAUUAACAGCAUUCAAGAAGAUUAAUUCCUGGGAACAUUCUAUUGAGGAGGAAGAGGAAGACGAUGAAGAUGAAGAAAACGAAAAUGGCGAAAGUGAAGUGCGUCUAGAGGAACUUGAAGACCUACACUUGGAAGACCGUACCAUGGAUUCGCUCAGCGUUCACAGUUUUGGUUCUUCUUCGAGCAGCGUUUCCUGGGAUAGUAAUAUCAGCGAACCACCCGUGUCUCCAUCAAAGCCGUCCCAAAGUGACGGGGACCAUUCGCCAGUUCUUAUGAACAAGUGCCGUAUCAACUACCAGCAUAAAAAGAAUUCGAUACACUCGUCACCCCCAGGAACUAAACAAACUCGCCCAUAUUCUCUGCCGUCAGGUCGGAUCUCCCAUGUGAUACGCAAAUUGGACGGCGGCAACAACACUGAUCUUCGUAAAAAAGUGCACAAAUGCUUUUAUGAAGGCUGCAAAAAAGUUUAUACAAAAAGUUCUCAUUUAAAAGCCCAUCUCCGAACGCAUACAGGAGAGAAACCGUACAAGUGUACCUGGGCUGGAUGUGAUUGGCGCUUUGCUCGGUCGGACGAGUUGACCCGUCACUAUCGGAAACAUACAGGCGCAAAACCUUUUCAGUGCAAGCAUUGUUUAUCUAUCUAUCUAUCUAUCUAUCUAUCUAUCUAUCUAUCUAUCUAUCUAUCUAUAUAA